AUGGCUGUUUGCUCUUUGUUCCGUGAUGACGACUCCUUCCGUCGCUUUUUCGCUAUCUUUUCAUGGCUUCUCAAAAUCAUCACACUCAUUGUUUUCUUCGCCAGCGUCCGUCUUCACGAUCAAUAUCUCGCUCUACACGUCGAACAAAGAGAGGCUCGCGAGGAGAACGGUCCAGUCUCCAACUAUCCAAGAAGACCACGCCGUGUUGCUUAUCGUCCACUCUCCGCACCAACGGAAUAG